AUGAAAUUUUAUCAUUAUAAAAUCUUAUGUUUAACAGUAUUAGCGAUGCUGGUUGACGAAUCCGUUCAAACCAGUAGAAAAAUGGAACGAAAAGCUUUUGAGGAACGUGUUAUUAGGGAAGGAAUGGACCUUUGGAAAAAACAAAGAGAGUUUGAGCUCAGAAGAAAAUUACAGGAACAAAGAGAAAUACGACAAAUGAUGGAUACAUACUGGCCUUGGGGGAAGGGUACUGAUGCUAGACCUAGAGGAUUACGAAAUCUUAGACUUGAAGAGCUCUUUCCCAAUAAAGAUUAUUUAAAUAAUAAACGAUACGUGGGUAGCAUUGGAUUUACAAAUAAGGCCGGCGGAGGGGGAGCACCAAUAUUUAGUGAUGGAAAAAAAAUUACACGAACUUGUGAAGAUCCAAUGCUUCGAUUCCAAUUUGGCAGUAAAGAUUUAAGAAAAUGUGUUGAUAAUACACUUAGGUAUAAAACGAAUAAGCAACAACAAGAGGAGUAUAAAAAGGAAUUGGAUAAGCUAGUUGAAGAAAAGAAGCAGAAGGAAAAACAAGAAAAGAAAGAAUCGGUGCAUUUUCACCAGGAACAAGGUUGGUCAGAUGAAAAAACUUUAAAACAUCUAGAGAAUGAAGCAAUAAAAUCUAACACACACGACAAUAAAAAAUUUAAUGGCAGUAAUAAACACAUUUCACCGCAUAUUACGCACAGUAAACCGUCCACGAGGUUAGAUCCUAUAGCCUAUCCCAAAAGAAAUUUUAUUCCAGUAGGGCGAAACCGUAAACUCUCUCCCUUAUCGGAAAAUAAGGACGAAGGUGUAGAGUUGGUUGCUUUGCUAGCAAAAGACAGAAAAUACCCUCUAAAGAUUCCAUUAUGUAGUUCUGACAUUACAUCAGAAAAGAAAAUGGGAAGUAACUUCAGUUUUAAAUUAGUAUGCACCUCUUCUGGAAGUUCGUUUAGCUCCCAAUCUUCUAAUGUUGAUGAUCCUGAUGCGGACCCUCAGUAUGUGAAUGCUGAUGAUGUGUCGUCUACAUUUACAGAGGUCUUUAAUAAAAAUGUGGAUACUGAAGUACCAGAAAAUGUGACGAUAAAUAAACCUAAAAGUAGGAAAAAGAAGGCUUGUCCGCACUAA